GCGCGCGCCCACGCCGUGACGUCAUCCGCGCGCAUGCGCCGAGCCGUUGGCGCCAAGAUGGCCGCCGCGCCGCCGCCUCGGGAAGCGUCGUGAAGGGAAGCGGUGGCGGCGCCCGGGCAGCCCGUCAGGCCGGAGCAUGGAUAUCCGUAAAUUCUUUGGAGUUGUAAACCCAGGACAGAAGCCUGAAUGUGGCCUUGUGAGAAAGGAAAAAUCCCAGAAUAAAGAGAGGAAUGCCGGGGUAACGUCGACACUGAAGGAAAGCAAGGUGAAAAGCUCGUCUCACGAAGGUGAUUUCAAGCAAAAACAGGUGAACAAGAAAAAGAGGAUCAUCUAUGAUUCAGAUUCGGAAGAGGAGGUGCCGUUAAUAAAAAAAUCGAAGCCGCCAGAGAGAACGUUGCCUUCAAAACCUACUAAGCUGCUAAAGAAGGACCCCGUAGUUUACGUUUCAGAAACAGAUGAAGACGAGGACUUUGUGAAGAAGAAAGACCCCCCCAAAGUGAAACAGUUUGAGACGUCGGUGAAGAUUAAUCCAGGAACGACGGGAAUAUCCCAGCCGGCUCCCAAACCAAAAGUCAAAAGCAAACCCUUAUCUCCGGUGAAACUGACGCCGACAUCUGUCAUUGAUUACUUUGGGACUGCCAGCGUUCAACGGUCGGAGAAGAAGCUGGUAUCAAGCAAACGAAAAGAACCGUGGCCAAGCAAGGAUUCCACCAUCAAUGAUGAGGCUAUCGCUAAAGAAUUACAGUUGGAAGAGAAGUCUAAGUGGGAAAGACAAUUGCACGAAGAUGAAGAAUUUGCACAAACGUUGGCUAUGCUGGAUGAGACACCCAGAAAGAAAAAGCCUCGAAAAGAGGAAGGUCAACAGUCAAAAUCGGGGGAAAGAGAAAAAAAUAACCAGGCUCACAAAGGGAAACCCACAGUUUCCGCUUUAGAUUCUCAACCUCAUUCCGCAAAGGAUCAGAUUCAGUCAGAGAGUGUUCUCCACCCAGAAUCUUCUGCGACGAAGGAGGAGGUGGAUUGGGGGACUACAGGGGGGUCGUCGAAGGCUUCCUCCAGGUUAACUCCACUCAAGCCAAAAGCCGGAGCUAUCAAAACCGAAAAUGGGACCUCCAAAGGAGAGAGCCUCAAGAAAGAAAUGGUAACUCCAGCCGGGAAAACAAUUUCGCCCAAAAUCAAGACACCUACAAAGGUGAAGGUUUCUCCUGAACAACCCAAGUCCAUCAGUCCCGAGGACUCGGCGGAAAAGAAGCGGACCAAUUACACGGCCUACAGAAGCUUCCUCAACCGGGAAGGUCCGAAGGCCCUCGGCUCAAAAGAAAUACCCCAAGGCGGUGAAAAUUGCCUGGAAGGCAUGACGUUUGUGAUCACCGGAGUCCUGGAAUCUAUUGAACGCGAUGAGGCCAAGUCUCUGAUUGAGCGGUACGGGGGGAAAGUCACUGGAAACAUCAGCAAGAAGACAAAUUACCUUGUUAAAGGCCGAGACUGUGGCGUAUCCAAGUGUGAAAAGGCAUCAGCUUUAGGAACGAAGAUUAUUGAUGAAGACGGGCUGUUCAACCUGAUACGAAAUACUCCAGGGAAGAGGUCCAAGUAUGAAAUAGCAGCUGAAACAGAGGCCAAGAAAACAAAAACAGAAACGAAAGCCGAAAAGAAGAAAGUCAGCCCCGCAAAGCUGGACUCCAACUGCCGCAAGAAAACCUCCCUGGUGGAAAAGUCAGACUCUUUCAGAUCUGUCAAACAGGAAUCCGGGACAGUAAGGAGAGGGCUGGAUUUUGAGCAGAAACUCCAGGAGGAGGAGAAGACAGUUCCCGCCAAGGAAAAAAGCUCAGUUCGCGAAUCGAAUAAAAACAGAGGCGAAGUGUUACUGUGGGUGGACAAAUACAAGCCUACAUCUAUCAAAGCCAUCAUUGGGCAGCAAAGUGAGCAGAGCUGCGCUCAGAAACUCCUCCGUUGGCUUAAAAACUGGCAGAAGAAUUCUUCGGAAGACCAACAGGUCAAAUCUGGGAAGUUUGGAAGGAAAGACGAUGGCGCUCAGUCCAAAGCAGCUUUGCUUUCCGGGGCCCCGGGAGUAGGCAAAACCACAACGGCAUCGUUAGUUUGUGAGGAACUCGGUUUGAGCUACGUGGAGUUGAAUGCGAGUGACACGCGCAGCAAGAACAGCCUGAAGGAGGUGGUGGCUGAAUCUCUGAAUAACACCAGCAUCAAAGGAUUCUGCUCAGGGACGUCACGCUCCGUCAGUGCAAAACACGUCCUCAUAAUGGACGAGGUCGACGGGAUGGCUGGCAACGAGGACAGAGGUGGGAUACAGGAGCUAAUAGAUCUGAUUAAGCACACAAAAGUUCCAAUCAUUUGCAUGUGUAACGAUCGGAACCAUCCCAAGAUCCGUUCUCUGGCCCACUACUGUUUUGACCUUCGUUUCCCGAGGCCGAGGGUGGAGCAGAUCAAGGGCGCCAUGAUGUCCAUCGCUUUCAAAGAAGGAUUAAAGAUUCCACCGCCGGCAAUGAGCGAACUCAUUCUGGCAGCUAAUCAGGACAUCAGACAAGUAUUGCAUAAUCUCAGCCUGUGGUGCGCAAGAGACAAAACCUUGACUUACGACGGUGUGAAAGAAGACGCCGGCAAAGCCAAAAAGGAUAUUAAGCUGGGGCCUUUUGAUGUGGUGAGGAAGGUUUUUGCCAAGGCAGAAGAGGCUUCUCACAUGUCUCUCAUAGACAAAGCAGACCUGUUCUUCCACGAUUAUUCCCUGGGACCUCUGUUUGUCCAAGAGAACUACGUCCACGUCAAGCCUGCUGCCGCCAGGAACAACGUGGCGAAAGAACUCAUCUUACUUAGCAAAACGGCGGACAGCAUUUGCGACGGCGAUUUAGUCGACCGCCAGAUUCGCACGCGGCAAAACUGGAGCCUUUUACCCACGCAGGCCAUUUAUUCGAGUGUCCUGCCCGGGGAGCUGAUGAGAGGCUACAUGCAGGAGUUUCCGAGUUUCCCAAGCUGGUUGGGAAAAUUUUCAUCCACUGGGAAGCACGACCGCAUCGUACAGGAGCUCUCUAGGCACAUGAGUCUCAGAACGCACGCAAGUAAGAGGGCAGUAAACCUGGACUAUCUCUCCUAUCUGCGCGAUGCCGUUGUGCGACCGUUGACUUGCCAAGGCUCGGAAGGGGUCCGGGACGCUGUCGCCUUCAUGGAUUCUUACUGCUUGUUGAGGGAAGAUGUGGAAAACCUCAUGGAAAUCACCAGCUGGGCCGGGAAACCCAGCCCAUUUUCCAAUUUGGAUUCCAAGGUGAAAUCGGCGUUCACCCGCGCCUACAAUAAAGUUGCACACCUUACCCCCUACUCCUUGCAAAUGGCACCGAAGAAGAGACGAGGGGGGUCGGUGGAUGCGGACCUGAACGAAGAGCUGGAAUCUAAUGAGGCCGAGCCCGAAACCGAGCAAGGAAGCCUCGAAAGCGAUGCAAUGAUUAAGAAAAAGACCAAAGCUGCCAAGCCACCAACAACAGAAAGAAAGGAAGAGAAGAAAAAAGGAAAAUCAAAGAAAAAAAGCUAAAUAAAUUGUCUAUGCAAGCUUACUGUUGGACUGUGGACACAGUAAAUGGUUUGGCAGACUCUGCCCCAGGGUUUGCGAUAUAUAUAUAUAUAUAUAGCAGAAAAAGAAGCAAAUAGAAUCUAUAUUGUUUGAUUCCUGUAAAUAACUGAGAGAGACUCAGCUUUCUGGGAGAAAGAGCCCAAGCUGCUAAGGCACUUCCCUUCGCAAAGCUCCUCUAUUUUUUUUUUAAAAUGCUCAUUAUGUUACUAACCGUGUAUAUAACAUAUAAAGGAACAAAGCCUAAGUCGGUCCUUUGUUUUUGUAUAUGAAAGUGCAGCACUGUGUAAAAGUUGCAAUAAAACUAGUUUCAUAUUUUUAACAAUU